AUGGCAACCAAUUUUAUAAUCAACGGUACACCCUAUACAGUUAAGCUGUCCGAUCUGCCAUCGGAUAUUACUUUGAACACCUUUAUUCGAGAACAUGCGGGCCUGCCGGGUACUAAAUUUAUGUGCCAGGAGGGCGGAUGCGGUGUAUGCAUUUGCGUGGUUACAGGUAAACACCCAGUCACAGCGGAAAUUCGUACGUGGGCCGUCAACUCAUGCUUGACAUUGCUGAAUGCUUGCGCCGACUGGGAGAUAACCACUACUGAAGGCAUUGGCAACAAACGCGAUGGUUACCAUCCAAUUCAGCAGCGCUUGGCCAAGAUGAACGGCACCCAAUGUGGUUAUUGUUCGCCUGGUUUCGUGAUGAAUAUGUAUGGCUUACUGAAAUCGAAGGGCAACAAAAUUACCAUGGAAGAGGUAGAGAACUCAUUUGGUGGCAACAUUUGCCGUUGCACUGGCUACCGCCCCAUACUGGAUGCCAUGAAAUCUUUUGCAGUCGAUAGCAAUAUUGAGAUACCCGAUGAAUGUCGUGACAUUGAAGACCUGAGCAAUAAAAUGUGCCCGAAGACUGGCGUUGCUUGUAGCGGCGCUUGUAAUGGCAUCAAAAAACGUUCGCCGAUCGAAUAUGACGAUGGUGGUCAAUGGUUCUGGCCAAAAUCAUUAGCUGACGUGUUCUCUGCCAUCGACCAAUCAAAUGGCUCCAAGUAUAUGCUUGUUGCCGGCAAUACUGCUCAUGGCGUUUUUCGUCGAGAUGAGGCGAUUAAAAAAUUUAUCGCCGUCCAUGGAGUACCUGAACUGCGUCAACACAAUAUUUCGCCAAGUGGUAUAGUUCUAGGUGGCAAUUUAAGCUUAACUGACGCAAUGACAGUAUUUCAAGAGGCUGCUAAAUGCAAUGGUUUCGAGUAUUGUCAACAACUUUGGAACCACUUCGACUUAAUUGCAAAUGUACCUGUGCGCAAUAUGGGCACCUUAGCCGGCAAUUUAAUGAUGAAAUACUACCGCAAAGAUUUCCCCUCUGACGUUUUCAUUGUUUUUGAGGCAUUAAAUGCUAAAAUAUCGCUUCUCGAGAGCGCCAAAAAAGAGAAGACGGUGACAAUUGCAGAGUUUCUGAAAACUUCGAUGCGCGGUAAAGUCAUAAGAGCAAUCAUUCUUCCGCCAUAUUCACGCGCGCAAUACAUCUUUGAUUCCUACAAGAUUAUGAUUAGGGCACAAAACGCGCACGCCUACGUGAAUGCCGCUUUCCUCAUAAAUACCGAAAAGCCCAGCCAUAAAGUCAAAUCCGCGCGGCUAUGUUUUGGUGGUAUAAAUCCUGAUUUCGUUCAUGCAACAGAACUGGAAAAGAUACUAGCUGGUAAACAAUUACAUGAUCCUGAACUUGUUGCAAAGUUGUUUUCGAUAGCUGGGCAGCACUUCGUUGCCGAUGCAGUUUUGCCAGACGCAUCUCCUGAAUAUAGGCAAAAAUUAGCUUGUGGCCUUAUUUUUAAAUUUCUUUUGCGGCAUGCACCGUCUAGCGUAAUUCCAGAGAAGCUGCGCAGUGGAGCAGAGAUUCUUAAGCGACCAACAUCUUCGGGUAAACAAGUGUACGAAAGUGUGAAGGCAGAGUUUCCCGUUCACCAGCCGACAGUAAAAUACGAAGGUGUGAUGCAGACUGCUGGGGAAGCCACCUAUUCAAAUGACGUUCCCGUACAGCCGAAUCAAUUGUGGGCUGCCUUUGUUACAGCCAAGAAAGUCGGCGCUAUGGUAACAGAUAUAGAUACCUCUAAAGCACUGAAAUUGCCCGGAGUUGUAGCCUUCUUUUCUGCUAAAGACAUACCUGGAAAAAAUACAAUUUGUGGCAGUGAACAAUUUCUUUUUACCGAGAACGAGGAGCUAUUUCCAAGUGGUGCUAUUAAAUUUUAUGAUCAACCAAUCGGUGUUAUAGUAGCCGAGUCUAAUGCCAUUGCCAAUCAUGCUGCUGGGCUGGUGGAGCUCACUUAUGCCGGCGGAGCCAACGAAGUUUUACCCACGCUCCAUGAUGUUUUGGAUAGCGCCUGCGCGGAUAGAAUUGAUCAUACCGUCAAGUCCCUAAUCGAGACAUUACAAAUUGACGAAAAAUACGAUAUCCAUGGGUCUGGAAAAUUAGAUUUGGGCUUGCAGUAUCAUUAUUUCAUGGAACCACACACCACCGUGGUAAUUCCGUUCGAAGGUGGGCUGGAAGUAUAUGCGGCGGCUCAGUGGAUGGACUUGGUUCAGGGCGUUCUGUCUGAAUUGCUUAAUAUAAAAGUUAAUGAGAUUCAAGUUAAAGUACGGCGACUGGGUGGCGGAUAUGGUGGUAAGGCAACCCGCAACGUUCCAGCUUCUUGUGCUGCCGCAUUGGCUGCCUUCAAGCUUAACCGUCCGGUGCGUUUCGUACAGUCUAUAGAGUCGAUGAUGAAUGUUCUUGGAAAACGUUGGGCUUUCCAUUCAGAUUAUGAUUUCUACGUUAAAAAUACAGGCAAAAUAGUGGCACUGCGUAAUUCAUUCUACGAAGAUGCCGGUUGCUCAGCCAAUGAAUCUCCUCUGGGACACACUGUCUUGAUGGGUAAAAAUUGCUAUGAAUUCAGUGAUAACUACAAGUUGGAUGGCUAUAUGGUGUUCACCGAUUCGCCUAGUAAUGCAGCGUGCCGUGCACCUGGCUCUGUGGAAGGAAUUGCCAUGAUUGAGAAUAUACUCGAGCAUAUUUCCUUCGAGACGGGACUGGAUCCCGUAGACGCUCGCAUUGCCAACCUAAUUUCGGGUCAUAAAAUGUGUCAAGUUUUGCCAUACUUUGUAGAAAGAACGGAUUACAGAGCCCGAAAGCAGGCGGUAAAAAGUUUUAAUGAAAAUAAUCGCUGGCGUAAGAAGGGUCUCGGCAUCGCUAUAAUGGAGUACCAUAUCGGUUACUAUGGCCAAUUUCCGGCCACUGUGGCAAUUUAUCACACCGAUGGCACUGUGAUUAUUUCACAUGGUGGUGUUGAAAUGGGUCAAGGCAUGAAUACCAAGAUCGCUCAAUUAGCGUCUUUUGAGCUGGGUAUACCAAUGAAUAUGGUGCGAUUCGAAAACAGUAAUACUGUAAACGGCGCAAACAGCAUGGUAACUGGCGGCUCAAUCGGCAGCGAAACAAUUUGUUUUGCCGUACGCAAGUGUUGCAAUACAAUCAAAGAACGACUGAGGCCAGUGCGCGAAUCCCUGAAAAACCCCACAUGGCUAGACGUCAUACAGUCAGCUCAUAGUCAACAUAUUAGUCUGAUUGCAAACGAUAAUUGUAAGCCGGACGACAUGGAUCCCUACACUAUUUGCGCCCUGGGCCUAAUUGAGGUUGAGGUUGACAUACUCACGGGCAACUAUCAGUUACCACGGGUAGAUAUAUUGGAGGAUGCUGGCGAGAGUUUGAAUCCAAAUGUGGAUAUAGGACAAAUUGAGGGUGCCGUUAUGAUGGGCCUCGGCUAUUGGACUUCGGAGGAGAUAAUUGUCGAUAGAAAUACGGGAGAGAUGAAGACAAAUCGUACAUGGAACUACAAGCCACCUGGUGCUAAAGAUAUACCGAUCGAUUUCCGUAUUGAAAUGUUGCCAGGUAGUCCAAAUCCGGCUGGAUUUAUGCGUUCCAAGGCGACGGGUGAGCCGGCGAUAUGCUUGCCAAUAGCGGUAGGCUUUGCCUUACAAGAGGCUUUACAAUCUGCACGUUCGGAUGCUGGGUUGGCAAAGGAAUGGAUUCCGCUGACGGCGCCAAUGACUCCCGAAAGAGUUUUGCUAAAGUCAGGCACUGAUCCCAGCAUGUUCCAGUUAAAGUGAAGAUAAGCGUUCAAAAAUUAGCACGUAUUUGUUAUAAGAAUGUUGGUAAAGCGUUUUUGGAUUAGAAUAAGCAAAGUUUCCAAUAAAAAUUUGUAUUUUCUGUAAUCAAAC